UGCUGCUGCUGCUGCUGCCCCAAAGUGAGGGAAUCGAGCCGCAGCGGGAGCCAUGGAGGGCCAGAGCGUGGAGGAGCUGCUGGCCAAGGCGGAACAGGAGGAGACGGAGAAGCUGCAGCGCAUCACGGUGCACAAGGAGCUGGAGCUGGAGUUCGACCUGGGCAACCUGCUGGCUUCGGACCGCAACCCCCCGACGGUGCUGCGCCAGGCCGGGCCCUCGCCCGAUGCCGAACUGCGAGCCCUGGCGCGAGACAACACGCAGCUGCUCAUCAACCAGCUGUGGCAGCUGCCGACCGAGCGCGUGGAGGAGGCGGUGGUAGCGCGCUUGCCGGAGCCCGCCACACGCCUUCCCCGCGAGAAGCCGCUGCCCCGGCCCCGGCCGCUCACCCGCUGGCAGCAGUUCGCUCGCCUGAAGGGUAUCCGUCCCAAGAAGAAGACCAACAUCGUGUGGGACGAGGUGAGUGGCCAGUGGCGGCGCCGUUGGGGCUACAAGCGCGCCCGGGACGACACCAAGGAAUGGUUGAUCGAGGUUCCUGGGGGCGCCGACCCCAUGGAAGACCAGUUCGCCAAGCGGAUUCAGGCCAAGAAGGAACGCGUGGCCAAGAACGAGCUGAACCGGCUCCGGAACCUGGCCCGCGCGCACAAGAUGCAGAUGCCCAGCUCAGCCGGCCUGCACCCUACCGGCCACCAGAGUAAGGAGGAACUCGGCCGCGCCAUGCAAGUGGCCAAGGUCUCCACCGCCUCCGUGGGACGCUUCCAGGAGCGCCUCCCCAAGGAGAAGGCUCCCCGGGGCUCCGGCAAGAAGAGGAAGUUCCAGCCUCUCUUUGGGGACUUUGCAGUCGAGAAAAAGAACCAGUUAGAGCUACUUCGAGUCAUGAACAGCAAGAAGCCUCGGCUGGACGUGACGAGAGCCACCAACAAGCAGAUGAGGGAGGAGGACCAAGAGGAGGCUGCUAAGAGGAGGAAAAUGGGCCAGAAAGGCAAGAGAAAGGGGGCCCGGCAGGGACCUCCGGGCAAGAGAAAAGGCGGCCCGCCGGGCCAGGGAGAGAAAAGGAAAGGAAGUUUGGGCGGCAAGAAACAUUCCAGGCCGCCUGCUUUAGGUGGCAAGAAGAAAGGAUUGCACCAAGGUGGGAAGAGGCGGAAGUAGUGUUCUCCCCCACUGGACUGUUCUGCAAAGCUAGGACUGUCUGUGCUAAGGGUUAUGUUGCACACGGUGCAGGAGGUGGCGCUACCUUCUUUGAGCUGGACAUGGAAGGGGCUGGUUUGCCUCCCCUUAAGAAUCAGUGCUGGACUACGAAUUAAUGUUUUUCCCCACAAUGGGGACAUUGGCUGGAAAUUAAGUGUGUAUUAUGAGAAUUAUAGAAAUAAUAUGGUCAGAACCAGGAAUAAGUUAACAGCCUCCUUUGCCUUUUUUU